AUGGCGGAUUGGGGACCUGUUGUAGUCGCUGUGAUACUGUUCGUGCUUUUGACUCCGGGACUUCUCUUUCAGAUUCCGGCGAGAGGUCGUGUUGUUGAAUUUGGUAAUAUGCAGACUAGUGGAGCGUCGAUUCUCGUCCACACCAUCAUUUUCUUCGGUCUUAUAACCAUCUUCACCAUCGCCAUUCGUCUCCAUAUCUAUACCGGCACUAGGCAGUUAGCCUUAGUUUGGUUUAUUGGUAUUCGAGUUCAAAUUGGAAUUGAGUACUAA